UAAGAUUGGUCGCAGUUGGCUCGGCGCUUAUGCGUUUUGUGGUGGUAUUAUGCGCUGAAGUCUCCCCAAUUACAAAGUGGUGUCGUCUUUUGGUGGCCGGUCGAGUGCGUGUUGCCGACAGUUUUGUGUGAUCGGGCGAUUGGGUAGGGUUUGUUCCCGAUUGACGGUAUCACUUGCGCACAAAUUGCUCGGAGAAAUCCCUCGUCAGUGAGAUGGAAUGCUUGGUUGCAGCUUCCUCCCGUGUUCGUUCGACAACGCUAGAUAUCCACGGGCACAAGCUCCGACUGAGCCAUGGAAUUAUCCCUUUCCGUCUUCUUGCUCAGUUCCGUCCGAGCGCAUCUCCUUCCCGGCGGAAGCUGCACGGGACCCCCCGCUACCCACGCCGCGCCAAGCUGCCGCCUGACCCAGGAACCUCCCGGUUGCCAUCCGAGAUGGUCGAUGGCGGUGCUCGGCCACUCGACGACGUUCGGGAUGGGGACGAGAAACACACGGCAGAAUUGUCCGUGGACAAUGCGGAGUGGAGCCCCGAAGAGCUUGAGGCAAUCUCCGCCCUCUUCGAACGGCCGAUGCUGCAGAAGGCCCCGAAGCCCGUGAAAGAGCGGCCGCUGCCGCUCCCCUCGCCUUACGAGAUCCGUCCCUCGAGGGUUCCAACGCUAAAGCGUCACGUCCGGUCAGCCUCCCGCUCAGUGCUGGCGCCGCGGUCUUCUUUCGCCGAUCGGGUGCACAAGAAUCCGGAAGCUCUCAUCGGCAUCGCUAGGGAGAUCGCGGCUCUUCCCGCCGACAGCGACGCCUGCGAGGUGCUCGACCGGUGGACUAGGUUCCUUCGGAAGGGCUCUCUUUCGAUGACGAUUCGAGAACUGGGUCACAUGGGCCUCCCCGAGCGAGCCCUGCAGACCCUGUGCUGGGCGCAGAAGCAGCCUUCGCUGUUCCCCGACGAUCGAACCCUUGCUUCGACGGUCGAAGUCUUGGCCAGAUGCGGCCAGCUGCGAAUGGAGUCGGAGAUGGGCAAAUAUCUCAACUCCGCCAGUCGCACCGUGAUCGAAGCCAUGGCCAGGGGUUUCCUGAGAGCGGGACGCCUGCACCGCGCGCGCAAGAUCCUGCUAUUCGCCAAGGACAACAAACGAACACUCGACCCGAGCAUCUACGCGAAGCUGAUCGCGGAGGCUGGCAAGACUCCGGAUGGCUACAGGCUCGCGUCGGCAGUGCUGGACGAGCUCGGCGAGAGAGACGACUUUGAUCUGGAGCCGCAGGACUGCACAGCCAUAAUGAAGGUCUGCAUCAAGCUUGGGAGGUUCGAAGCCGUGGAGAAUCUGUUCAGCUGGUACAAGCAGAGCGGAAGGAAUCCCACUGUGGUGAUGUACACGACGGUCAUACACAGCAGAUACUGCGAGAAGAAGCACCGGGAAGCUCUGGCUUUGGUGUGGGAGAUGGAGAGCUCAGGCUGCCUCCUGGAUCUCCCAGCUUACAGGGUAAUGAUCCGGCUACUGGUUGCUAUGAAUGAUCUAGCGAGAGCCGCUCGGUACUUUUCAAAGUUGAAGGAUGCUGGCUUCUCUCCCACCUGCGACAUCUACCAUGACAUGAUCAAGGUUUAUGCAGCUUCAGGGAGGUUGGCUAAGUGCAGGCAGGUGCGUAAAGAAGCAGAGAUGACUGGAUUGAGGUUGGAUGAGAGGACAUUGUCUCUGCUUUCGGAGAUGGAAUCAGAUGCUUCUGCAUGAGAAUUGGAGACUAGAUGGCAAAGGAACAGUGACAGAGACUACCAAAGGGAGCCCAAUAGGUACCAUCUACCUAACAUUUUUAAUUUAAUUUGGCAACAUCAUAUGCUUAUUACGUAUGUGUAUAUUGGAAAUUAACUUUAUUAUGUGCCUAUGAUUAUGGUGUAUCGAAAUUUAUUAUAUAUAUAUGCUUUCCAUGAGCAGUCGUUUUGGUGAACUCAUCGCAGAAAGGUAGUAAGAAAUCAUGAAUGCGACAUUAAGAUGCUCUCUGACAUUGACGACAAUUUUUAUAGGCUAUUGUAAGCAUGCGUUGUAAAACGCACUCUGAGCUUAAUUUGGACUCAUAUGUUAGUCUAAAUAGUCGAUUCAUAAGUGUAUUGACAGUAUUUAAUGAGUCAUAAUUUGAACAUGCUUAUUUGUAUAUUGUUAAUCCGCCACUGUCAGACCAACUCUUAUAACCAUAGUCUAUGUUGCGACUAACUAAGAAAUUAGAGUCUUAACUUUUUCCCUGCAUACUAAGCAAUUGGAGCCGAUACCACAUGAAGCAACAUGUCUUAUACUAUUCCAAGUUGAAGGAAAUGUACCCAAUUAUCCAUGAUAUAUAUAGUAAAUCACCUCCAUCAUCAUAGUAGACAUCCAAGCAAGUCCAUGGAGGCCAGUUUGGAUCAGUUUUAAUACAUUACAU